AUGGAAUCUGAUUCACUUCUCAUAGGUGAGGUAAAAAACUUUCAACAUCUCAGUAAUCUUCCAAAAUUGCUCAACGCAGAUGGAAAGCUACCAUGUCGAGUGUUCUAUGAUGGCAGUUUGAGAGUAAUUCUGAAAUUCUCUGUUCACAAUGAGGCGACUGGAUAUCUACGGAAUGAGCAUGCCUGGAACAAAUGGUUCAAAUGGCUCAAACCUGGCAUUGUGGAGUAUUUGCCAAUUGAGAGAAUUGCUUGGGUCAAGUUCAUUGGCCUUCCCAUUCAUAUGAGAUCUGAAGAAAACGUGAACUUGGUCGCUAGUAAAAUUGGCAAGGUCAUCGAAAUUGAGAGUAAUCAGAAUUAG